UCUGCCUUUUUUUUAAAUAAACACUCACACAUCGACCAUCACCAUGCUCUCUACAGUCGGGCUACGCAUGUCGGGUGCAGGUACAUUACCCUCUCUAUGUAUCUAUAGACAUACCUCUUAUUACUUAAGAGAUUCGUACUCGCUUUUUUCUCAUUUCUCGGAAAUUACCCUCCAUUUUCGAAAACAUUGAUGCCUUCCUAUACUCGGACACCAUUAUUUUUGCAAUUUAAUGUUCUAUUCUCAUGCUGAAUCUAACCAUGAUCAUUCCUUUACAAAAUAUUGUUAAUUACAGCUGCUCGCAAUGCUAUGAAACCUGUGGUUACUCAGCAGGUUCGCCACUUCGGAUUGAUUUCAGACAAGGAGGAGAAAGCAAAUACGCCAGCACAAAACCGCACUAUGUCAACAGCCAUCACAAAGUCAUACCCUGGACCCCUUCACCAGCCCGCCAACGCAGUCGAAUACGCACUCUCGACCGUUGACAAGAUCAUCAACUGGGGUCGUGAGGGAUCGAUCUGGCCCAUGACUUUCGGUUUGGCCUGCUGUGCCGUCGAGAUGAUGCACAUGGCUGCUGGACGCUACGAUCAGGACCGUUUAGGUAUUGUGUUCCGUGCCUCUCCUCGUCAGUCGGAUGUCAUGAUUGUCGCUGGAACAUUGACCAACAAGAUGGCUCCGGCUUUGCGCAAGGUAUACGACCAGAUGCCUGAACCACGCUGGGUGAUUUCGAUGGGUUCAUGUGCUAAUGGAGGUGGAUACUACCAUUACUCGUACUCUGUAGUCCGUGGGUGCGACCGCAUUGUUCCUGUCGAUAUUUAUGUCCCCGGAUGCCCACCUACCUCCGAGGCAUUGUUGUACGGAGUACUCCAACUUCAAAAGAAGAUGCGCAGAAGUCGCGUUACUACUAUGUGGUACAGAAAGUAGAAAAAUCGAGGAAAUACCUGGUCUUUUUUUUAUUUCAAACCUAUACAUAUAGCUCUCCUCACAUUCCUUUUUCACCUUCAUGAUAUCUUC